AUGGGCAAGUGUGCGAUAUAUGACUGCAUAAUUGAGCAUGGUAACAACGAUGACGGCGACUCAUUGGGCGCCAUAUUUAACCGCACGUGGGAUAAGGAGAAGGGAGGGGUGAAGAGUGCGGCGACCGAACAGUAUUGGAUCCGCUCUUUCCUGAACAUGCGUUUAGACGACUUCGACAAUCCCAGGGAACCCAUCAAUAUUGAACACCACACCUAUUGGCACGAUAUGUCUGUCCAA